AUGGAAGAUUCUCUCACACCUGUUCUCCUCCUUAUCACACUUUCUUCUCUCCUCCCUCCUAUCACAACCGCACAUCUCACCAACCAAGAACUCUCUCACGCAAUCUCAGCCCUCCGAUCCCACAGCUACACGCUUUUCCCCAAAGCCGUCACCGAAUCCGAUCUCUACCACCGCUCCUCUCCUCUCGGAAUUCCCUUUUACCCUCUUCUCCGCCCGACUCACUCAUCUCCGCUCUCGGUCUCUCCUCCCGCUCCCUCCUCUACCACGUGUCACCUCUCAAACUGCCCUCGUCACACACCUCCGAAAGUUGAGCUCCAGUGGAGGCUACUAUGUCACACGCUCCUUCCUCGCCGUCGAAUUCUGAUCGGAAACACUCAGGUUUUUGUGAAUGCCACCAUCUUAGAUUCUGUUACGGUUGACGGAGUGAGGCUUUCGGUUCCGGAUCUUUCAUCGGGACUGGUGUAG